AAAUAGGCAUGUCCCUGAGCUGAUGAAAUUACCACUUCCUCAUCUUCCCCUGGUGAGGAGGAGCUUCCUCUUGAAAAUGAUGUCAAACCGUGCUGAGACGUGAUAAUUGCACUGAAGAUGAAGUUUUCCUUUGUCCUUCUUCUUUUAUUAGAUUUCCCUCCACUCAACAGGCAGGAGAGGAUCAAGGAGUUUGAAGCCAUUCUUCUGAGACUCGAAUUCGAUCCAUAUUUCGACAGUUACAUCAAGUCCUGCUGCAAAUUCUACGAAACGAUUUGUUACCCGCUUCUGGACAGCACAGGGUACACCCACGAGCUGAUGAGAGGAAGAGUGACCAAAACAGAGGGGAACGGCUGGAUCGAGUUCAAAAUAUCAAACAUUAGGUUACAGCAUGCAGGAAACUACAGAUGCUUUGUGCUGGAAGCACCAUACCACAUCUACAUCGACAAGUUUUUCGAGGUCGAAGAAUCCUCAAUUCCCCACAGUGCGUCUCAGCCUCCCCCGACAACAACCAUCAAAACCCUCAGCACCUCCACAUCAAUCCGACCAGAAUCCACCGGGCCCGUCCUCUCACAGGACAACGCCGACAGUCCCAGCAUGCCCUGGAGUUUUGGCCUGCCCCUAUUGGUCAUUGUGUCAAUUACAGUGAUGAUUGUGAUCACUUUGGUUAUGGGUGUAGUUUGCUGCAGAAAGAAGGCAAAACCUGAACAGCCAGACAAAUGUGGAGAAACUCUGUGUGAGUCACGGAAGCAAGAUGCAACGGAAAUGAGUGGCGUCGUCUACACAACAGUGAACUUCACAGCUCGUGAGAAAUCCAAAGAGCUGUACUCAAACCUGAGGAUUCCCAAAACCCGAGCAGCAGCCCCGGACCCUGCAGUGGACACUGAGACGGUGGAGUACUCCACGCUGGCAAUCCACCAGUGAAUUCAGGGGAAAGUCUCUGAUUAUAACUUGGGGCUGAUUCUAUAUACACCACUGUUUGUUUUUUACAUAAUCCCCCUGCCCCCUGCAUGAAUGGAGGAUGAGGGGUCCACCAGCACUGUUGGAGCUUGAACUGCACAAGGGACGAGAUUUCUUGAACUCUGCAGCUUUAUUUGUCUCUUUGUCACUUUUGUGUAUGUACAUGUUAAACCUCUGAUCUAAAUCUUAAAAUGUAUACAACAUGAGCUUUUGUGUAAAUGAUUGAAGGCCUAAAAAAUUUAAUGAUAAUUAGAUCAAAGAAACUAUCUCUCAUUAUAAUAGGGCAAAAGGUUUGUGUGGAUUCUUUGAGGUAUGAUACUUUUUAAAUCUUCAUGGUCAAAUACCGUUGUUAGCUUGUGACAUCUUGUCUUUUCUCGCAACUCUGUUUGUUCUCAUCAGCUUCUUCCAGAUUACAGCCCAACCUUGCCCUCUGGUAUUCUGCCGCUCGAUAAAAAAUUUUUUUACACAAAAA